CACACGUGACCCGGAAGAGGUGGGGUUUCGAGGGAGCAGCAUGGUGCGUGCGAACAGCAUGGCAAAAGUGAAUUCUGAUAUGGGAGAGAUGGAAACUAAACCGACUCGAAGAGAGCCGAGCGACACUAAGGGCAUUCUGAAGCAGAACCGCGAAUUCCUCGACUUCUUUUGGGAUAUUGCAAAACCAGAUCAGGAUACCAGAGUGACCGCAAUCGAGAAUCUUGUCCGUUACCUGCGGGAAAGCAAAAAGGAUGAUGAGCUGAAAUAUACUUUGAAACGACUGGUGGAAGGACUAGCUGCAACCCGAGAGGCUUCUCGUCCUGGAUUCAGCCUAGCUUUGUCACAGGUCCUGCAAACAUUUGAAGAGAUUCCGCUUCAGACAGUGCUAGACCAGAUAAAGGAAAGGCACAAUCUACAGAAAGCAAGUAAGAAACAGAAAAGAAAUGCUGCAUUUGGAAAUCUGUUUGGAGUGUUGGCGUUGUCUCAAUCUGGACGUCUUUCAAAGGAGCCCAGGGUGAUUUUGGAGGCAGUUCAGCUUCUGCAGGCUCUUACUGCUUUCAGGAUGCAUGUCAAAGAUUUGCCCCAGAAAACAAUAGUGGACAUUUUAACAGAGACUCCUGAAGCUGUUUUUGAAGAAGUGCUAUUUGAUGCUCUGCAAAAUGACUUGACGUCUGCAUUCAGCACCCCAGAACAGCUACACCUCCUCCUAGUGGCCAUGCAGAAAUUUCCUGCAGUCUUGAAGUCAAAGAAGGUGAAGAAACUGCUGGGAUCCUCCAAAGUGGUUACCAAGGAAAAUUUAUCCAAGCUGACUGAAAUAUUGAAGACUGCUGCAAAGUCUAUGAAAAAGGACAAUAUGCUGCCUCCAGUGGCCCGUGAUUUAAUGCGGGUGGCUAUCCAAGAAGAAUCCUUUGAAAUAUUCUGGGAUGAAGUGGUGAUCAAUAAACUUCUGAAGGAUCAGGCAGCAUCAUGCAGUUUCCUGUGCUACCGUCUCCUUGGUAGUGCCCUGCCCCUCCUGUCACUCGGGCAGAUAGGCUAUGUUCUUAGAGGCGACGUCUUAAAGCACUAUGGGGCACAUGUUGUAUCAGCACAGGUCCCAGCUAGGUUCAAAUUUGCUCCAGAGAUGCAGCAAUAUGUUUCCUCUUUCCUUGAGACCUGCUGUGAUCCAGACAAGCAGUUUGCAGUCAUCACAGGCUUCACUUGCCUGACUAACCAUGGAAAUCCAGUAGUGCCAAGUAUGUGGACUGUGGUUCAAAACCUACAACCAUCAGUUGUAUUACGCUAUGUAGACUGGCUCAAGGAUAUGUUCUGCUGCCCCAAGAUGGAUCAGUGUCUAGAUUUUAGUACUAAACGACAGCAGGAGAAUUUUGAUGGCAAGAACUGGAGUAAGAAUUGUGUUCAACGUCUGCGCCAGUGGAUCAUUGCACGCCUUGCAUCUAUAGCUGAAAAUCCUCAGGUGAAGAAGGAGGAGGAUCUAGUUAUGGGCAUUGCCAGGUUUAUUUUUUUUCAUUCAUUCUUUGAUACCAAGAAACCUACCAGCAAGAUUCCAGAGACACAGUCUCAACUGUCAGUGCCACUAGAUGAUUCCACGCGGAAUGUGAUUGGCAGCUCUUUCUUUGGACAUCUACUGCAGCUCAGUCAUCUACCUGUAAUAGGUGAAUCCCCUGAGGCAGCCAGCAUGAAUGAGAGACAUAUCCAUGGUAUCACCUCUAAUGGCUCCUUGUGGAUUUCUUGCCUUGUCCAGUAUGCUAAUAGUUUACUGAAUGCAAGUGUGCAAGUCCAUCAAGUCCGGCCUUUCACUGAGGAACAGAGAAGUGCUUGGAAUAGGGUACUGGAAUCUGUAGAAGAUCUUCGUAAGAAGGGAAACAAGACUCACAGUGCAGAGACAAUGGCAUUCCAACAACUUUUCUUGCUAUUAGGCAUAAAUUUGUUCAAGGCCCCAGAAGAGAGCCUGGACUUGUUGGAGGAUCUCCACAACUGCCUGGCUAAGUCACAACAGAAAAAACAGAAGAAGUCAGCGAAAGAGGACUCUGAGCCACAGUGGGUUGAUGUUUUGGUGGAUAUCCUACUGUCUCUGUUGUCUCAGCCCAGUCGACUUAUGAGAAAUGUUGCCAAUGUGGUCUUUAAGCAUAUUUGUCCACAUGUUACGCAGAGGUCUUUGAACUCAAUCCUACAAUUGCUGCAGCCUGAAAACAUUAAUGAUGAUGAGGAGGAGAGUGCUGUGGUUGUGGUGGAUGAGAAACAUUCAAUAAAGAAGAAGUCUGCUAAGCAUAAAGGGGAAGAAGAGGAUGAGCAUAGUGAAAAUAAAAGCACCUCUUCAGAAGAUGACUCUGACAGUGAUGAGGAUGAAGACGAUGCUCUGUCUGAAGAGGAGGGUGAGGUGGACGAGAAUUUGCGCUUGGAACUGAUGAAUGUCCUCAUGGGUCAAAGUGCUCUGGCAACAGAAGAGGACAAGAGCGACGAGGAGGAGGUCAGUGAUGAAGCUAUGAUGCAACUGGAUGAAAGAAUCUCAGCCUUGUUUUCUGAACAGAAGAAGCGUCUGCAGGCUAAAAAAGAUGAGAAAGAAAGGAUGCGCAAGGAAAACACUUUGGUCAGAGACUUCAAAAUUAAGGUGCUGGAUCUCAUUGAAAUCUUUUUGAUGAAGCAGCAGGAAAGUCCAUUAGUGUUUGGUAUUAUUGAGCCUUUGCUGAGUGUUAUUGAAUACAGCAUGAACUCAGAGUCAGGCAAGCAGGAACAGGAUUUUCUCCGCAAGACUGCAGACAUUUUCAGGAAAAAACUGUGUAGAGCCAAACGAUAUUGCAAAAAUGUGUCUGCCAUGAAAGAGGAGCUACAUGGCCUCAUGGAAAGGCUUCUGACCAGGGCUCAGAAGCUCAAGGAAUCUUUUGUUGCUGCUUAUUAUUUCAGUGCUGUGCUAUAUCUGGUGCGUGUGCUAAAAGGAGGGCUUUGUGAAGAUUCUGCCACGCCUGCUGUUGGGAAAUGCAAGAAGAAGCAUACAGAGGUUAAAGUGGAAGUAACACCAUCAAAGCAGGCCAAGGAUCUUGGCUGCCUGGACCUCACGCGAGUUUUGACUUUGUUUAGUGAUGCACUGAAACACUUCAUGACUAAGAGGAAAAGCGUCUUCACUGGCAACAUGUUCAUGGACCUCUUUAUCCGCUUUCCAAUUAUCAGUGGUGCUCUACUAGAUACAACUAUGAAGUAUAUCACAGAAGGGGUACGGUCACACCAGCAGGGCCAGGCUUGUUCUCUGGUGCUCAAAGUUCUCCAAACACGGGAGGUCUGUCAGUCCUUGACAGAAGUUGCAUGGAGUGAUUUGAUUGAACAGGUGUUGGCUCAAGUUAUACAGUGCCUGAAAUCUAUAUCUGUAUUCAGAGUGAAAGUAGAUCACGAGAAAGUGAUUAAGUGUCUGGAGUUGACCCGAUUUCUCAUCACUACAAUCCAAAAACAGAAACUAUCAAUCAGUCUGACGGACAUCUUGCCUCUGUUACAGUCCCUGGACCAAUUGCAGGACUUUCACCGGUCUUUGCAACAAAGUGAUACAUACUGGAGUGUAAUGAAGCUAUUUGGCAUCUUUAAACCAAAAAAGGAAAAAGUGAGGGUUGCUGAGGAAGAACAGUCUAAACAGAAUUUGCAAAAGAAGAAAAAGAAAGGCUUUCUUCCAGAUACGAAAAAACGCAAGAAUCGGAAGAAGCAGACUGUGGAGGAGGUAAAUAUGUCUAAAUUGAGCACAGAGGAUGACAAAAUAACAGAGGAAGAUGGAAAGAAAAACAUCAGAAAACAAAAGAAAUCCAAGAGAAAAGCAUUAGAUGAACAAAGUGCUACUCCAUCUAAGAAGAUCAAAGGUGCCAAUGAUAAGAAACACAAACAAAAGAAAGCAAAGCAGAAGCCUGGAAAUACCAAGUGAAAUAAACUGCCUUCCAAGUAAAUAUGCCGAAACUAGUUUUAUAUGAUACAGGUUCACUUUUACCAUUUUUGUCUAUUAUUUAAUAGAACUGAACUGUUCAAUGUAAUUUCUAUAUUUUAUUGAUAAAUGAUCGAUGUGUACAAAACACAAGCCUGCUUUCUUGGGAUUCCCUUCUAACACAACUUUACUUCCUAAUUCACUCUCUUUGGCCACAAUUUAAUGUAGAGUGAUGAAUCAGGGUCUAAUGAUAUUUCAGUGGGUUUUAUACUUUUGCACAGAUCACAAGGAUACAAACAAAAUAUUUGGGUCAGUUAGAGACACGAUAUGUUGAUCAACAAGUUGAAGAUUAAUUUUUUUAUCAUUCACUUUAUACAUUUUUAAGGAUGGAAGUACUUAAAAGCAAUAAAUUAGUUGCAUUUAUGAAAAAGCAAGGAUAAAAGUUACUAAAAGUGUGUAAGUUUCACAAUUUUAUGUUUUCCUUUUAAGUGUCCACUUUUUUGUUUAAGGUUGAGUUCAUUUCCUAAUUUGCCUAAUGGAAAGAAGUAAUAGUGGACUACUUUAUUGAGAGGAAUGCAGUGAUUUGCACUUUGAAUUUAGAAGUAAAAACUUUAGAAAAAAUGAAAAAUCAAGAUAUAUUUUGUCAUUUGGGCAUAGAUUACCAUUUUUGAUCAAGAUCAACAGAUCAGUAUUUAAGGUAACGCCAAUCGGUAUGGUAUAAUAGUAUAAAGUAAGAAAACAACAUUUCUGGGGAAUGACCACUGAUUGCAUACAUACAAAAAUGAAUUCUUAUAUUCAGAUUGUGUUUUUUUUAUUUUUUAUAAUAUGUAAAUUGUUAUCACUUAACUCAUUUUUAACAGCAAAAUAAUGUGAUAUGAACAGACAUGAGUCAAUUUAAAACACCAUCCGGUAUGAAUGCAUGCACCUUGAGACAGAUAGAUUGGCAUGCUUGUCUUGUUCCCAGUGUUACCAUCAUGAGCUUAGGCCACAACCCUGAAUUGGAUUAUGAGUUAGAAACUGGGUGGAUUGACUAUUCAGAUUAGAAAAUAUGACAGAACCAGCAUAAAGACAACUGUACGUUUCAAUUUAGCCAAAUGAUUUAUUUUUAGUGUUGGGUGCUGAAACAUUUUAUUUGGUAUUUGGUACACUGUAUUAAUGAUGGAAUGUAUACUCUAUUUUAACUGUCCUCUGAGACUGUCAUUUUCAUGUAGUUGAAUAUGGCAAGUUGCUGUUGGUUAUACAAUUGUUAGUAGUUACUAAGCCAUUCCAAUAGACGUUUCACUGAAGCCAGGAUGUUAUUUUUUUUUCUCAACAAACUUUACCAGAUAACACCAGGGUUGCUUUUACUGGUUCAAACAUUCUAUUUUAUGCAUAUUGUCCAUACAUAUGCAAAUGAUAAAUAAAUAUUCUAAAUAAUUUAGUACUCAAAUAACCAGGAUUGUUCAAUACUCUCCCUCGUAUAUGUCUGUGGGUGCUGAUUUUUGCAACAACCAGUCUUUAAAUGAAAGCCAAAUCCUACCUGUAAUGCAGCAAGAUGCUUAGGUGUGCAUCUAAUCAUUGCUAGUCCAAGUUCAGAAAUGCCAGAGAACACCGACUCACGUGUGCAUGUCUGUGUGUGUAUAUGUGUGUUUGCAUUCAUGUAUGCAAGGCUGGUUAGACACGAGUAUUAUUUAUCUGUCUGUAGUCUCUGUAAGAGAAAAUAUCGACACAGUAUUCAUGAAUCACAGUAGGAUGUUUGUUCCACUUGUAUCUGAUUCUUUUUUGCUUUUUAAAAUUUUGGAUGAAACUGAAGAUAAUGUUUUUUUUUUUUUUUUAAAUGAUGUUCGUUUACUCUGUAAAGUCAGGGAGAUGCUGCAAUACUACUUCCCUAAGAAAUGUACACAGAUAUACAGUAUGUCUUAAUAAACAAGAAGUUCUAUUUAA